AUGCGGCAGCCAAGCACGCUCGAGGCGUUCCGCUCUCUCCUCGCCGAGGCUGGCGACACGCCGGUUAUCGUCGACUUCACUGCGUCGUGGUGCGGUCCUUGCCGGGCAAUCGCUCCAACCUUCGAGCAGCUCGCGGGCGAGUUCCCGGCGGCCAUCUUUUGCAAGGUGGAUGUGGACGCGAACCAAGAGACCGCGGCCGAGUGCGGUGUCCGGGCGAUGCCGACCUUCAAGGUGUUCCGCGGCGCGCGCGAGGUCGGCGCUCUCCAGGGCGCCAACCCGGCCGCGCUGCGCGCGCUCGUGCAGCAGCAC